UGGUCGUGCAAGUUGCCUGUGAUUUGCCACAACAUUGUCGAGUGGCACCUCCCGGAUAGAUGUGUUCGACAAUAUAAUUGGGCGCAACCGAUUCCUCUCCCACUCCCGGACGUACAUAAGUCACUCCACAAGUACAGCAAGGAUCUGCGGGGUUCAAUAAGUGAUUGGCCAACCAAGCACCAUAGAUGGAUCGAAAUGUGGGAGUCUCGUCAGACGUAUGCAAUUGAUGGGGAGGCAAUGACGAGGCCAAUGGGGUACCAAGAUGAAUACAUGGUUUGGUACCGCAAGUUCACAAAAAGAUGGGUAACCAAACGUGGCGCCGUGAUCGGUUCAUUGGUUGAUGGGUUGGAACUUGCAUCAAUGACGUUGGAGAAUGAACCAGAAGAUGCUGUGCCAGGGGAGAAAAUUUCAUUCUUGAAGAAGCUCUUCAAGAAUCUCUUGUCAUGUUCGCGGGAAAUCCGAAGGGAUGUCAUUGCAUAUCCUCCUGCUCCUGCACCGCCACGUCCUUCCUCCCACGCCAUUGAAAUUGAAUCUCUCCCGCCAUCACCACCAAGGAGGAGUAAACGUCGGCAAGAGCCAGUUAACGUCCCUGUGCAUGUACGAGAAGAUGUUGCACUUCCCCACCCAUACGAGUAUGGAUUCCCUCCCGCCAGAAGGGAAUUCGGAGAGGGAUCAUCAGGUUCUGCUCAAGGAGGGGGAGGAGGAGCCUACUAUUCAUCGUAUGGUCAUCAAUUUCAAACCCCG